AAGCAAAGCAGAGUCGUCCCGAUCCCGAUCCCGAUCCCGAUCCCCCCAAAGCAAGAAGCAGAAGCAGGAGCAGGCAUGGACUCCGGCGGCGGCGGCGGCGGGGGCGGGGGCGCUGCUGCGGCGGUGGCCAAGUGGCGGACGGACGGGACGCGGGCCUUCCAGUACUACCUGGACCGUUCGACGCCGCACUCGACGGGCCGGUGGCUGGGCACGCUGGUGGUGGCGGCGGUGUACGCGCUGAGGGUCUUGUCCAUCCACGGCUUCUACAUCGUCAGCUACGGCCUCGGGAUCUACCUCCUCAACCUCCUCAUCGGCUUCCUCUCCCCCAUGGUCGACCCGGAGCUCGAUCCAUCCGCCGCCAACGACGGGCCCGCCCUCCCCACCCGCGGCUCCGACGAGUUCAAGCCAUUCAUCAGGAGGCUGCCCGAGUUCAAGUUCUGGUAUGCAAUCACAAAGGCUUUUGUUAUAGCUUUUGUCAUGACAUUCUUCUCCGUGUUCGACGUCCCUGUCUUCUGGCCUAUACUGCUCUGCUACUGGAUUGUACUCUUUGUGCUCACCAUGAAGCGCCAGAUUCUCCACAUGGUCAAGUACAAAUACGUGCCCUUCAACAUCGGGAAGCAGAAAUACGGCGGGAAGAAGGGUGGCGCGAGCAGCAGCUCGUCGAAAGACUGAUCCCCGGCGGCGCACCCCGGUGUGCAAGGGAACAAUAGAAGGGCAGGGGGAAGAUAGAGUCGACGAGGCUUAUUCGAUGUGCUACAUAGUACCAACAAGUGUAAUACUUCAUUCAUGAUAUCUAGAGAGAGCUAGGAGGGACAUCCGCUGCUUAUGUUUCCGACAUGGGUUCACGGUUUAAUUCCAUAUAUUCAUGUUACUUGUGUCA